CACUUCCUCUAGCACUUGCUACUUUCUUUUCAAUCCAUCAAAGCCUUGAUCAUUCUUUCUGUCAUUCUUUUUUCUCGCAAAAUGAAGAUUCCUUCACUAUUCAGAGGAACCCAAAAGGUAAUAUGUAGCUGGUAGUGGAGUUGGCAAAUUCUAUCAAGACAGAAAAUAUCAUCUGAAGUUGGUUUUAGAAGUUGUUUAUUCAUAUUGCACUUAAUCUCCUUUGAUUUGGUUGCUCAUUAUCACGCUCAACGAUUUAAAAUGCCUUGAGAAUUUAAAAACUCUAUUGAGAGAAAUUCAUACACUGCCUGCAAGUUUCCUGCAACGAAGAGUUCUUGGCCAGGCUACAAAUCAAUAAGGAGAUGAAGAUAAUCAAUGGUUGUUGCCAAAAAAGCAGUUCUUACAUGUCAAGUUGAGCAUCAGUGGAAACUACUCAAAAGUACAGUAUUAAAGCUACAUAAUCAGGGAAGGAUACCUCAGCUUCCGUAUUUCCAACAGUUCAAGUUACAAUUGUUUGCUCUUAGCAUUCACAAAAUAGUACGCUUUCUGCAACAAGGAACCAAUGAAUCCAUUAAACCGCCAAGAGGACUUCAAACUGAAGGAUACAAAGCCUCAGCUUGGAGAACGAUGGCCACAUGGAGGACGUGGCGGAGGCGGGUGGAUUAGCAGCGACAGAGCUACAAGCACCUAUGAUCUUGUUGAGCAGAUGUUUUACCUGUAUGUCCGAGUUGUGAAAGCCAAAGAUCUUCCCCCAAAUCCCGUAACAGGAAACUGUGACCCAUAUGUAGAAGUGAAACUUGGCAAUUACAAAGGAAAAACAAAGCAUUUUGAGAAGAAAACCAACCCUGAAUGGCACCAGGUCUUUGCAUUCUCGAAGGAGAAGAUUCAAUCUUCCAUUCUUGAAGUUUUCGUUAGAGACAGAGAAAUGGUAGGAAGAGAUGAUUAUAUAGGGAAAGUAAUCUUCGAUAUGCAUGAAGUGCCUACAAGGGUUCCACCAGAUAGCCCUUUGGCACCUCAAUGGUAUAGAUUGGAGGAUCGGCAUGCGGAUAGCAAAGUGAAAGGAGAAGUAAUGCUUGCAGUUUGGAUGGGAACACAAGCUGAUGAAGCUUUUCCUGAGGCCUGGAACUCAGAUGCUGCAUCAGUGCAAGGAGAAGGUGUUUUCAGUGUCCGAUCAAAAGUUUAUGUAUCACCAAAACUGUGGUAUCUCAGAGUAAACGUGAUUGAAGCUCAGGAUGUGGAACCACUUGACAGAAGCCAACAGUCACAGGUUUUUGUAAAGGCUCAAGUUGGAAACCAGGUACUCAAAACCAAGCUAUGCCCAAUUCGCACAAACAACCCAACAUGGAACGAAGAUCUGAUCUUUGUAGCAGCUGAGCCUUUUGAGGAACAGUUGUCACUUACUGUAGAAAAUAAGGUCACCCCUGCAAAAGAUGAAAUUAUGGGGAGGUUGAUUUUGCCCCUUCACAACUUUGAGAGGCGCUUCGAUCACCGGCCUGUUCACUCUAGAUGGUUCAACCUCGAAAAAUUUGGAUUUGGUGCUCUUGAGGGAGACAAGAGGCAUGAGCUCAAGUUUUCAAGCAGAGUUCAUCUCAGAGUUUGUCUCGAAGGUGCUUACCAUGUACUAGAUGAAUCAACAAUGUAUAUAAGCGACCAGCGGCCAACAGCCAGGCAGCUCUGGAAGAAUCCUAUCGGCAUUCUUGAAGUGGGUAUCCUAAGUGCGCAAGGGCUUCUUCCAAUGAAGACCAAAGAAGGUAAAGGAAACACUGAUGCCUAUUGUGUAGCUAAGUACGGACUGAAGUGGGUGAGGACCAGAACAAUCCUAGAAAGCUUCAAUCCAAAGUGGAAUGAACAAUACACAUGGGAGGUCUAUGAUCCUUGCACAGUGAUCACACUGGGAGUUUUUGACAACUGCCACUCAGGUGGAAAUGAAAAAUCAGGUGGCGGUGGUGGUGGAGCUCGGUUGGACUCAAGAAUCGGAAAGGUAAGAAUUCGACUGUCCACUCUAGAAACAGAUCGAAUCUACACAAACUCUUACCCACUUCUUGUCUUACAACCAUCUGGAUUGAAAAAGAUGGGAGAACUCCAAUUAGCAGUUCGGUUCACCUGCCUAUCUCUUGCACAUAUGAUUUAUCUCUAUGGCCACCCGUUACUACCAAAAAUGCAUUAUUUGCAUCCAUUCACUGUAAACCAGCUUGACAGUUUGAGAUACCAAGCCAUGAAUAUUGUAGCUGUAAGGCUCAGCCGAGCAGAACCACCACUGAGGAAAGAAGUUGUGGAGUAUAUGCUGGAUGUAGAUUCUCAUAUGUGGAGCAUGAGAAGAAGCAAAGCCAACUUCUUCAGGAUUUUGUCACUGUUUUCUGGUGUAAUCUCAAUGAGCAAAUGGCUUGGUGAAGUAUGUCAAUGGAAGAACCCUGUCACAACAAUACUAGUUCAUGUUCUAUUUUUUAUAUUGAUUUGCUACCCAGAACUGAUUCUGCCAACUAUUUUCCUGUAUAUGUUCUUGAUUGGAAUAUGGAAUUAUCGGUUCCGACCAAGGCACCCUCCUCACAUGGACACCAAGCUUUCAUGCGCAGAAGUAGUUCACCCAGAUGAAUUAGAUGAGGAAUUCGACACUUUCCCUACAUCAAAGCAGCAAGAUGUAGCACGAAUGAGGUAUGACAGGCUUAGAAGUGUUGCAGGAAGGAUUCAAACAGUGGUGGGAGAUAUGGCAACACAAGGGGAACGAUUUCAGGCUCUCCUCAGCUGGAGAGACCCAAGAGCAACAGCGCUCUAUGUAAUUUUCUGCUUUAUUGCAGCUUUUGUGCUCUACAUAACGCCUUUCAAGAUAAUUGUCUUGAUUACAGGCUUAUUCUGGUUCAGGCAUCCUAGAUUUCGAAGCAAGCUACCAUCAGUUCCUAGCAAUUUCUUCAGGAGAUUGCCAUCUCGAGCUGAUAGCUUGCUUUGAAAUGGAGGAAGAGAAUCCUCUUUCUUAGUUUGUUUUCAACUUCAACCAUGUUUCUUGGAACUGUUUUCAAUAAACUGUCAUUUCCUAA